GUCUCUCUUGUCUUUUAUUUCAUUCUAUCAACUUUUUCUCUUUCUCUUUCUCUCUUUCUCUGUGGAAACAACAGCUUCUAAAAUAAUGGGAAACAAUUCAAUAGCUCGUACAGCAGUUGGAAUUCUGGGCAAUGUAAUCUCUUUCGGCUUGUUUUUCUCUCCAGCUCCAACAUUUUAUGGAAUUAUAAAGAAGAAAGCUGUAGAAGAGUUCAAACCAGAUCCAUACUUAGCUACAAUAAUGAAUUGUGCAUUUUGGGUAUUAUAUGGAAUGCCUUUUGUGCACCCAGACAGCACUUUAGUCUAUACCAUCAAUGGUGUUGGAGUUGUGAUUGAGAUUAUCUAUCUCACCAUAUUUUACAUCUAUUCUACCAACAAAGGAAGGAAAAAACUAGUCCUUAUAUUUGCUAUUGAGGCUAUUUUUUUUACGGCCAUUGUACUGAUAACAAUGUUAGCACUUCAUGGGACUACAAAAAGAUCUUUAGUGGUUGGUGUUAUAUGUGAUGUCUUCAAUGUAAUGAUGUAUUUUGCUCCUUUAACCGUCAUGGCAAAGGUUAUAAAAACUAAGAGUGUAAAGUAUAUGCCAUUUUGGCUUUCUCUAGCUAAUUUAUUAAAUGGUUUAGCUUGGUCAGCAUAUGCUCUUCUUCAUCCAUUCGAUAUUUAUAUUUUGAUAUGUAACAGUAUUGGAGUAGUUUCUGGAAUUGUUCAGCUUAUUCUAUAUGCUUGUUAUUGUUCUAACAAAGGUGAAAACAAUGAAGAUGGUGAUGUUGAGAUGAAACCAACUAGUGUUCAUGAAAUCAGAUUUAAUGGAAGAACUACAAUAGCAUGAUGAUGAAUACUAAUUAACUCAUAUCAUAGUUUCCUUAAUUUCUUAUGUGUUGAAUAUGUACGAAGCAUUGGAAAUGCUUCUAUACAAGAUUAUUUAGUUUUGAUUUUUAUCUUUGAUAAUUUGUGAGAGGAAUGCCAUUGCUCUUAAUGGUAGCUUAUGAAUCCUCAUUUUUGAAUUAUGUUUUUUUGGCUUUUUUAACAUUGUCGUUGAUUUAGCCAUUUCUCUUAUAUGAACAUUUCAGAUAUCUUUUUCA